AUGCUUCGAAACUUCCCGCUCUACGUUUCGCAAUACCGCCUUCGGGGCCUAGCGGCAGAAAUAUCCUCUCUCAAUACGUAUCGGCGGGCGCUUCAGUCGAUUAGCGCAACUCUUAAAGAGCAGGCCGGCGAGCUUCAAAGCUCUCUUGACACCUACAAUUGCAAACUUGAGGAGCUUCUUGAAGAGUCUCUUGAUCAGGUAGAAAGCUUUUCUACUGUCGGUGAGCCAGAGCUAAAGCGUGCACAAAGCUCCACUCAGCUUCUUAGCGCGCUAUGCUUUGGAACCAUGCUUCGUAUAGAGGAGCAAAAGAUAUCUGAAGCAGAUGACCAAUCUACUGCUUUCAACUCUGCUUUACAAUUAAUCGAGGCGUUUGCCACAGACAAAGAGCAGAAGUACUUCGUUCAGCCCAUCUCAAAGAAGAGUAAUAAGUUCGAAGAGCUGCGUACUAACUACUUUUCAAACGAAGUUCUUAUUUGCGAUGUCGAACAGAAGCCGCGCAUCCUGUGUGGGCAGCUUUCAGAACAGUUUCUUAAUGACCCUGGAAUAGGACUUUUAUUUCCAGAAGACGUCCUAGCUCUAUGUGAUUAUGCAAGUAAUAGCAUUGAUAACGGUAGCAUGGUAUCAAAUAGUGAGCUAAAGGGCUCCAAUCAACAGGAUAGCAAUGACAACCAUGGUAACGUAUCACUCACUAACUCAGAGGAGCACAAACAUGAUGACUUAGUGGAACUGUUACACCGGUUGAACAGAGAUGUUAUAAACAUGUUAAAGCUCUUCAACGCGGAGAACACUGAUGCACCCAAUAGCACCAACCACGAUAAUAUACCACACAGUAUUAAGAAUGAGUCAUCGCUGAACAGCAGUGCAGUGGAAAAUAGUAGAAUAGAAGAUCGGCCAGGUAAUGGACAAAGAGACCAAUCCACACUAGAUGAUAGAUCAAAAAGGCUUUUCUCGCUUUUUCGUAACGUUAACCUAUCGGCUCUAAGGUCUCUCAGUGAGUACUUGAAUGAUGUCCAUGAUAAAAUCACACAUAUCUGGGCACAGAAUGGUACAGACUCAAAGCUUAUGGAUAAGUCCGCAGAGAAUAGCGACGACAUUGAUGAUAAGAGCCCAGACGAUUUCCUAGACGGAAUUAUCUCUAGUUUAGUCUCUACAGAUGACGUCGGUGAGCUGUUUGGACGCAUGUUAAACACUGCACGCAUAUCUAAUGAUCCCUCUGACCUCGUCAAGGAAACUCCUGCAAUCAAAGAGAUUAUAGACAUAGUACAGAAAAUAAAGACGAUGAUACGGCAAAAAGAGAAGCUUGACGGGCUGAUAUCUACCAUUACCACGUCAACCUCCACCAUUUCAUCUACAUCAGAAAGCAGCUUUACAGGUACGGAAUCGAGAGAGUAUUUAGAAAUAUUUAAUAGCGCAGCAGGAGAUUUUCAGUCGAUGAUACUCUAUCUAGGAUCAGCAAGAGAUAUAAUUCACGACGCAAUAGAUGCCUUGGAGAAGAGCCUAACUAAAAGAUUUGCAGGUUUCAUAACUAAGAUGGCACAUGAUGAACACGGUGAGCACGCCGGCGAUGUAUCUGACUCCCCUUUUGCGGUGAGGGGACAAGAUAAUGUGGAGUCCUUCAGCGACACAGUGACCGCUCUUCGUAACAUCCUAAAGACCAUCCCAGCAAAGGUUGAGCGCUGGGAGUCCCAAGUGAAGGCAAAAGUUGACGCAUAUGCCAAGGAGCAAGCACAGCUAACCAACAGUACCACCAUAGCCAAGUACUCUGGGAUGCUUCUAGAGCACAAGCAAACCAUCGAGCAAAUGCUAGAUACGGCACAUCACGAGAUUGACGAGAUAUUAGAGGUGGGACUUGAGUACAGUAACCAGGCCUGUUCGUUGUACUUAGAGCAACUUAAGCUUACGGCCACAAUAAGAGCUCUUCCUUGUAGCGAUACUAGCAAGCACAUUCUUAGCAGCCUCAUGGUUCACAAAAGGUGCAAAAAGUGUAAGACGCUUGAUUGGACAAUGUGUCGGAUCGAGGACGGAUUCCUAUGUUGCACCAGUUGCGCACAGAGCGAAACAGGUAAAUGGGUUAGGGUGGUAGUGAGCUAA